UCCAGAGUGCGCUUGAGUUUACCACGAGUUGUCAGCAUAUAUUGUAUAUAACCUACAAGUUUCAAUUAUUCGUUGAUAAUCGCUAUGAUAGUAAACACAUAGGAAGACGAAUUUAAAUAAUCCGUUCUACCAAGAAUCUGUGUAGAAACGUAUCGUUGACACGAUGCCGAAAUACUAUUGUGAUUACUGCGACACAUACUUAACUCACGACUCACCAAGCGUACGAAAGACACAUUGUCAGGGUCGUAAACACAAGGACAACGUUAAGUAUUUUUACCAGAAAUGGAUGGAAGAGCAGGCUCAACAUCUUAUCGAUGCAACAACCGCCGCUUUCAAAGCCGGUAAGAUUGCCUCCAACCCUUUCGCGGCGAACAAGGGUGCAGCGAUACCACCGCCGCCGAAUCUCGGCUCCAGCCUGGGAUCGCGAUCUGGUGUGCCACCUCAGGGUCCUCCGGGAAUGAUGCCACCACCAGGAAUGCAUCCAGCCGGUCCGAUGGGUCCUGGAGGUCCUAUGAUGAUGGGACCACAUGGACCGAUGCCACCUCCAAUGAUGGGCAUGAGGCCUCCUAUGAUGGGACCGAUGGGGCCAAUGGGUCCUAUGAUGGGUCCUAUAGGACCUAUGGGACAUAUGAGACCUCCAAUGAAUGGACCACCACCUCCCAUGGUAGGACCACCACCAAUGAAGAAAUAACAGGCAGAUUCAUAAUUGGUCACUUGUGCUUUUGUCUGAUAAAAUUUGCUUGACUAUAUUAAAAUUGAUGUGUGUCGAUUGUGUUUUGAUUGUAUGACAUUACUAGGACAGUAUUGUACAAUUAAAGAUUCUACUUGUACAAGAGUGAAGUAAUUCUAUAAUCAAGAACAUUAACGAGAGAUAUUGAUGUACCUAAAAAUAAUCCGAGAAUAUAUUUCCAAGCAAAUGUAACAUUGUCAACAACAUUCAUGUGUAGUAUGUUUUACUUUGUAUUACGUCUAGUAUUUUAUGUGUAAAAUAAGGUUUCUAGAAUGUAGGUGCGUAAUACUUUUGACAUUAAAAUUACUAUAUUUCAGAGAUUUUGCUGAUGUACAUGUAUAUAUAAGAUCACACAUGAAGUAAUGGUAAUAAGUAUAUAUAUAAUAUUG